GGGGCCAGGAGGCCCCAGAGGAAGGACAGCCCGACAUCUUCGGCGGCCGGGACCCCCGGCCCCAGCUCGGUGGCCGAGGCCGAGAGUUUGCAAACUCAGCUCUGGAGUUGGGCAGCGCCAGCGGCAGGAAAAACCUGCCCCUGCCCCCAUCUCCCGCCACCUCCCCUGCCCUGUGCCCCCUUCACCAGCCAGGCACCCCCAGUUCCCGCAAGGCCCUCCUGCCAUGUCGGACCCAGAUGUCCCCAGGGGCCCUGAUGCCCCCGCCAUGUGGCCCCCCUGUUCCAGGGGUGCCUGAGCCCUUUGGAGGAGCCCCAGCUGCACCCCCCACCCACCUUGGCCGAGUCCUGAGCCCCAGGGACCAUGAGUGGGGGCAAGAAGAAGAGUAGUUUCCAAAUCACCAGCGUCACCACGGACUAUGAGGGCCCAGGGAGCCCAGGGACUUCCGAGCCCCCUGCCCUGCCAGCCCCCACUGGGCCCCCACCCCGUCUGCCUAACGGGGAGCCCAACCCCGAGCCAGGGGGCAAGAGCACCCCCCGGAACGGCUCCCCACCGCCUGGGGCCCCCGCCUCCCGUUUCCGGGUGGUAAAGCUGCCCCACGGCCUGGGAGAGCCUUAUCGCCGAGGCCGUUGGACGUGUGUGGAUGUUUACGAGAGAGACCUGGAGACCCCUGGCUUCAGCCGGCUCCUGGAGGGAAUUCGAGGGGCCUCGGGAGGCGCCGGGGGCAGAUCUUUGGAUUCCAGGUUGGAGCUGGCCAGCCUGGGCCUUGGUGCCCCGACCCCGCAGCCAGGCCUGUCUCAGGGCCCCACCUCCUGGCUCCGUCCGCCCCCCACCUCCCCUGGACCUCAAGCCCGCUCCUUCACCGGGGGGCUGGGCCAGCUGGCGGUGCCUGGCAAGGCCAAGGUGGAGACACCCCCGCAGUCAGCCUCCCCACCCCAGCAGCGCCCCCCAGAGCCCAGGACUGGGGAUAGCGCUGGCACGUCCCGGGCUGCCACGCCCCUGCCCUCCCUGAGGGUGGAAGUGGAGGCUGGGGGCUCAGCAGCGGGGACCCCUCCACUGUCCCGAUCCAAGGAUGGAGCCCUGCGGCUGAGAAUGGAGUUGGCUGCUCCAGAGGAGAUGGGGCAGGUGCCCCCACUCGACUCUCGCCCCGACUCCCCAGCCCUCUACUUGUUCCCCGAUGCCAGUCUGGUUCACAAGUCUCCAGACCCCUUUGGAGCAGCGGCAGCCCAGAGCCUCAGCCUGGCCCGCUCCAUGCUGGCCAUCAGUGGCCACCUGGACAGCGAUGACGAUAGCGGCUCCGGAAGCCUGGUUGGCAUUGACAACAAGAUCGAACAAGCCAUGGUUUUCUUCUGGAAACACAAAGCUAAGUCAACCGUCUUGGAACACCAUGACUCCCAGAAAAGUAUAGUGAAGGUGGAGAAGAGUCCCAAGGUGAUUGAGACUUUGAAGUUGGUUGAGCCCUGCGAAGAGGCUAAGGUCUCCAAGACGGCGGAGACCCCCAAGGUGGCUGAUCCCUUCACGUUGGUCAAAUCAACAGAUAAGGGUGAGGUGGAACAGAAACGUGUGGGCCGGUCCCUGCUGCAGCUGCCCCGGACAGCUAUCAAGUCUGUCUCCACACUCAUGGUCUCGGCCCUGCACAGUGGCUGGCAAAUGUGCAGCUGGAAGUCCUCUGUGAGUUCUACCUCCAUUUCCUCCCAGAUGAGGCCUGGGUCCCCUCUGGAGACGCCGGAGGCUGAGAUGCUGCGGGAAGUGUACCUAGUACUGUGGGCCAUCCGGAAACAGCUACAGCAGCUUGCUCGCAGGCAGGAGAGGCGGAGGCGGCGCCACAUCCGGGCCCACACUGGCCCCCAACCUGACGCAGUUCAGGGCCUGAAACAGGAUGCCCGGAGUCCCCUCUAGGGGGGAGCCCCACAUCCUCCAAAAAGCCCCACCUCACUCUUAGGUAAGGUUGAUAGGAGAGGUUAGGGCAGCAGGCCAGUUGUGAGUGAGGAGAAGUUUUCAUACUGUCACCUCUCAUCGGGAGCCCAAGUCCAGGCCUGGGGUCCCACUUAUUCCCCUUCAUUCCGUUUAUUCAAUUUAUUAAAAAAAAAAAAAAAAAAAAUUAUCCAAAUGUUGGGAAAUAAAUA